AUGUCCGCUCUAGAUUUGCCUGUGGUUGCUUCUGAGUACGAUUGCGAUGGCAGAUAUCUUUGUUACGUGACAGUGGUGCUGAACAAGCAGCGGGUAAGCGUGCAGUUGGCAGAGCGUGGGACGGCGAUUAAUGAGAACGUAUUGUAUCUUGAUGACUCGAAUUUGAAGGUGUGCGCCCUGAAGUGGGGACGACUGGUCAGUACCGAUACUGUGUGUGUGUUUUUGGCGUUGAACAACGGUGAGAUUUGGAUUUACUCGCCGUUAGCCAACGAAGUGGUUCACAAAUUGUCGACGGGGAAUGGCUCGCAGGUGAACGACGUUGCUGUGAGCAAGAGUGGUGACACGCUGUGGUGCGUCGACGCGCAGGACAGAAUUUAUCAGUUCGGUUUGGACGAUCUGAGUCUGAAGCGGCAGUUCCAAGUGGAUUCGUGUAGCGCGUUGAAUCGUAUCUGUCCGCUGGGGGAUGAUUCCAGGAAAGUGCUGGUCGCAUCGCAUUCGGUCUUUCUUGUCGACGUCGAUACCAAGACGGUCGUACAGACGUUUCCAGGCCACACUACUCCGGUGACACACUUGGUCAGUUUGACAGAGGAUUACUUUGUGACCGGGGCCGCAAAUGAUAGGUUUCUGAACGUUUACGACCUGGACACCGGCUCUACGAAGAGCGUGCUGGUGUUGCAGUCGGAGGUGUUGGAGUUCUCCCAUUCGGGAGAACACUCCAUAGCCGUCACUACAGAGGAGGGUGUGGAGAUAUUUGCUAAUCCCCUCGUGAGCAAUGUGGCGAACAAGAAGAGAAGAGGUAACAUCUCCAAGCAGUGCACGAAGGCGAUAAAUGUGAACUAUAACCUGAACGGGAAUGUGUCAAGACUGCCGGUUUUGAACGUUUCCAUAAACGGCGAUAUUAUCAAUCUGGUUUGGCUGCAAAACGCUACGAUACCGUAUUUUGCACAUCUCAAAUGGCAAGAGCUGCCCAUACAGUACACUUUCGACGUGGCCGCCGCCACAGACGGGCGCUCCGGGAAGGACGACCGCUCUUUGCAUGGUAAAGAGGUUUCCGCUGUGACAGGCUAUAGGGAGGGCAAUGUCAGGAUCACCCACGGCGAUAAUUUCAAGCAUGUCGAUGACGCCAUCAAACAGUGGGAACAGGAGGUGUCACAACGGGAGUCUGAAGACGUCGACAAUGCGACAGAAUCGUUGGCCGAUAAAUUGGAGCUGGCGACAAUGCAUGUCUCGAAGAAAAAAAGCAGCAAUGCCACAACGGCAGGUACCGUUACCAUCGUUCUCUCGCAAGCGCUUCAGUCCAGCGACCAUUCCCUGCUGGAGACGGUACUUAACAACCGCGACGAAAAGGUCAUCAGGGACACCAUAUUCAGAUUGCGGCCGGCGUUGGCUGUUAUCCUUCUCGAGCGGCUGGCGGAGCGCAUCGCUCGCCAGACCCAUCGCCAGGGCGCGCUGAAUGUGUGGGUCAAGUGGUGUCUGAUCAUUCACGGUGGCUAUCUGGUGACCAUCCCCAACCUCAUGUCUUCACUAUCCUCACUGCACUCCACUCUGAAAGGCCGUUCAGCCUUGCUACCACGGCUCCUGGCGCUCGAAACAAGACUCGAUUCGGUACUAAACAGACUGCAUCCCAUCCACAAUAUCGACGAUGCUGUAAUAAGAACGUCCUCUCUGCACGACGAGGCGAACCAACAAGACGAAGACGACGAUGACGAAGCUGACGUCGAGUACAACGAAGAGCUAGACGACGCAGGACUGAUAGAAGACGGCGAGGACGACUACGAAUACGAUGAGAGCGACGCAAGCGAGGAUGAUUUACCCAACGGUCUCGCCGCUGGCAACCACCCGGAGGAUCUUGAAGCCUCAGAUAACGAAGAGGCUGGCUACAGCGACGUAGAAAUGUGA